AUGACUCAUGAUGAAGCUUCUAAUUAUACUCAACCCACUCGUCCAAUCACAAUUCACCACCUCAUCUCCCAUCCUUUUCGCUCACAGUUACCGUGCUCUGACCAUCCACCAAUUCAUUCUAUAUACUUUAGAUUCAUUUUAAAGGAAAUCGAGAGUGAAGAAAAAGUUUCUCCAAUUUCCACCAUGAGAUCAACCAGUUGCUGCCUCCGUCUUUACCCUACACCAACUUCAAAAGCUUCCCUCAUCCCCACAAACCCACCUCAACUUUCCUUGGAGAAAAAUAGAGGAAGCUGGAAAAGGCCAUGCGUUGUGAUAGGAGUAGCUUCGUGCUUCACCAUAAUUGGACUACAAUUCAACAAUUCAGUGAUAUCACAACAUGAAGUUCUCGUGCCUAAGGAGGAGAUCAUGGUCGUGACCAUGCCAAAUUCAAUGGAAGAUGAUGAAGAUGAAGAAUACGAUGAGCAUGAGCAUGUGGUUUUGGUUGGUGGUGUGGCUAAAUGGAGCCAGAAAAGGAUGUGUCCAUCUUGGCAAGGAAAUAAUCCGCUUGAAACAAUUGUCCCGGAGAAUCUUCCACGGCCAGCAGCACGACGGAGAUACGAGGCGGUCCGGUCCGACUCCAAGACUGCGCCGCCGCUCUCACUUUCUUCCGUCAAAGAUAAAACCAGUAGAGACGAUUGCUUCUCCAUGUGA